AUGCGCCUCCUGCCGCUCGCCUGCCUCCUCUCCGCCGCCCAGGCCGUCGCCUUCGUGCCCGGCCCGCCCGGCCCCUACGGCGUCGCCUCGCGCGUCCUCACCCUCACCGACGACGCCCGGCAAGACCCAUACUCGCCCCAGGACAAGCGCCGCAUCAUCGUCUCGGCCUUUCUCCCCGUCGACAAGUCCACCCAUGCGUGCCAGCUGGACGCCGCGGCUCUCAUGCCGCCGCUGACGGCCUCCGUGUACAACUCGCAGGCCGUCGAGGGCGGGCUGCCCAACGACACGUUUUCCCGCUUCGAGAUCCAGUACUGCAAGCUCCCUGCGAAGUCGCGAGGCAGCAAGGAUAGUUGUCGCGGGGGCAAGUUUCCCGUCGUGCUCUUCUCGCCUGGGCUUGGCGCCACGCGGCUUGCGUACUCGGCCGGUGCGCGCGCCCUUGCUAGCCACGGCAGGGUCGUCAUCACGGUUGAUCAUCCGCACGACGCGGCUGUCGUUGAGUUUCCUGAUGGGUCGGUCUUUUAUGGCGCGGUGAACCAGACGGAUCCAGACGAGACGCUCAAGGCCCUCAACACUCGCGUCGCCGACAUUUCGUUCCUCGUCGAACAGCUCCACCGACAGUCCAUCGUCAAGGCCCUAACCAAGGACUACCCCGGCCGUCUAGACGUCGACAAGCUGUUCCUCUACGGGCACUCCCUCGGCGGCAACACCGCCGCCAACGCCAUGCUACGUGACCGACGCAUCCGCGCAGGCGCCAACAUCGACGGGCACGUAUACGGCUCCGUCGUCAGCAAGGGCCUCUCCGCGCCGUUCCUGCUCGUCGGCGUGCCGGGCCACGACGCCAUCCCCGGCAGCAACUGGCCAGAGUUGUACGACCGGCUGCGCGGGGCCAAGAUGGACCUCGCGGUCGCGCAGACGGAGCACCUCGCGUUCACCGACGUGCCCCUGCUGGCGACGCAGAUGACGAUCCCACCUGAGAACCGCCCGCUGGUGGAAAAGUUCAUUGGCAAGAUUGACGGCGCGGUGCUGCAGGAUGUGAUGCUCGAGGUGCUGAAUGGGCUGGUGGAGCUGGGCGUCAGGGGGAAGAGCGAGAGGCUGCGCGGGAUUGGGGACAAGUUUAAGGAGGUGACCGUUGUCAAGAGCCGGCUUCCAAGACGGUGA